AUGGCUCCCCCCCCCGAGAGUCUCCUCAGUGGACCUGGUGCCAGAUCUGCCGGCUCCAGGAUAACCUCUGUCCCGAUGCGAGACCCCAGUCGAGCAGGCGGACCACACGACCUGGCCUCCCUGAUGUGUUUGAAGGGAAUCAUGGCUAAUUCCCGGCAAGCGAGGAGGCCACGCUCAUGUCGGAUGGCGGAUCCAGAGCAGACAUACUUGACAUGCGGAUCGAUCCCAUCCACAAUCGCCCGCCCCUGCCAGCGGUGCAUGGAGGCCGGGCUUGGAUUCGAGAUCGUGAGAGCCGUGGGAAAGGCUUGCGUCACCGCCGAGAUCGAAUAUCAUCCGGCAUCAUUCAGCAGAGGCCAUUGCCGGGAUAACGCGUCCCAGCUGGCUCUGCGAGAAAUCCCUGUCUGUUGGAACCUGGAAGAUGGCCCGUCUCCACGGUCCACCCAGGAAUACCGAGGCAGGGUGCAUUCCUUGGCCCUGCCUGGCCCUGCUGAGGCCGUCCGCAUCAUCUCCGUCACCCCCGGCGGGCACGGCCUGGGCGACGACGAUGAUAGAUUAAGUCCGGUCAACAGCGAUGAUAACAAGGGGAGGAGAUGA